AAAAUUAAUGAAUUAAUUAUAUUAUAAAUCGUGACACAAGUUACAAUAACGUAAUGUGAACACACCAAUAAUAUUUUAUUAAACUAGUUUUUAAUUGCCCAACUGUGCCUUUUUUUUAUAAACUCACUUAUUAUUAUAUGUAUCCUUCAAAAUGAUCCUCAAAACACUCACAAUACUAUUCCUUCUAACCAUUCCCUGCCAAUGUUCCCUUUCUGGUUUAUACAUGAGCAAUGGCCUGGACCAAACCAUGAUCCAACGAGUGAUGUCAACAGAAGAAAAAAUACUAUUAGAACACGAGAUCUUGGAUUUGUUGGGACUCCCGACAAGACCUAAAAAACGACAUCACAUACCUAUAAAGAAAAGUGCGCCUAAAUUUUUGUUGGAUGUGUAUAAGUCUAUAGCCGAGGAAGAAAAUUCAAGGGAGACCAGGAGCUCUGAUAUGUCCAGUUUGAGUGGAGAGGAUCUAAUUGCUAUUGAUGAAAGUGAUGUCAUUGUCACAUUCCAGAGUAGACAUCAUAAAAUCCAUUCAUCCAGAAGACCUCAUGAACUUGGACGUCGUUUGUAUUUUGAUGUAUCUGAUAUAGAAUCUGAAGCAGAAGGUCUUCGAGGUGCAGAGCUUCGUCUGUACCAGACUGGAAAUAAAACGUAUUUGGAAAACGAGGACGAUUAUUAUGAAGAUCAUCUUUUCAGUGUUAGUGCUUACAGAAUUGUAUCUGGAGUUACUAAAAAUGAAAGGCAGCUAGAACUGUUAUCGUCUGUUAAUACAACUAGAGAUUUUGAGGGCUGGCUUGAAUUAAAUGUAUCAUCAGCAUUGGUAUCUUGGGCUCAAAAACAUGAUGAUAACAGAGGCUUAUAUAUUUCUGUUACCCCAUCACAUAGACCAGCUCACGAAAUGCACCUAGAAGAUCUAGGAAUAAUCACCUCUCGCCACCACAAUCAUCCUGAAGACUUUGACAAAGAAGCUUUUAUAGUAGGAUUUUUUGAAGCCCGUGGCGGUCAGUCUUUAGGGGGGCCUAUGGAGCAAAGCAGAGUUGCCGGAAGGGGUGCGUGGAGAAGGCGUCAUAGCGUUGAAGGUAGAAGAAAAAGAGACGCUGCAAGAAGGCGCAAGAAGAGCGAUCAUCAUUAUCAGAAUAGCAGCCCAAACUAUACACAUGAUAGAAAUCCUUAUACUGAUCCUGGAAUGUAUCAGCCUAAAUCUUCUCGUAGUUGUCAAAUUCAAACUUUGUAUGUAAACUUCAAAGAUUUACAAUGGCAGGACUGGAUAAUAGCUCCGGAAGGUUACCCAGCAUUUUAUUGCAGCGGAGAAUGUAAUUUUCCAUUAAAUGCUCAUAUGAAUGCAACCAAUCAUGCAAUUGUACAAACACUUGUACACUUAAUGAACCCCACACAGGUUCCAAAACCGUGCUGUGCUCCAACGAAAUUGUUCCCGUUACCUGUUUUAUAUUUCUUGGACGAGACUAAUGUUAUUUUAAAAAAAUAUAAAAAUAUGGUGGUUAAAAGUUGUGGAUGCCACUAAAUCAAAACUCAUCUUGACUAAGAAUUAAUACUCAUUUUUGAGAUGUAUAUAUUAGAUAAUACUCAUUGAAUUAAAUUUUAUAAACAAUAUUUUUUUAGAUAUGUUGAAUGUUUUAUUAAUAAAUGAAUUCACCAUGUUUUUAUACAAGAGGAGGAUUUUAUUCAAAU